AUGAGACCAAGCCCCGAACCUUUCCUCCUCAAAAUGGGGCUCGUGGCUAUUGCUUUGCUGUUGGCGUUUGUGACAUGGAUUACGAGCUUUGUGUGCAGAAAAGCAAAGUACAUCUAUGACCGUCUCUCCGCUUUUCAAGGACCCGUAGCACUUCCUAUCAUAGGAAAUCUACAUCAAUUCCAUUUCAAACCAGAAGAAUUCUUCGAGCAAGCACAAGGAUUGGCAUAUAUGCUUAGGCGACAACGUGAAAGAGUGUGCCGAGUUUGGUUUGGACGUAGAGUCCCUGUUAUAGCUGCACCGCAUGUGCUCUUGUAUGGGCCAGAAGAAUGCGAAGCAGUUUUGGGUAGUAGCAAAAUGCUAAAUAAGCCAAUUCAGUACGCCUUUCUCUCAGCAUGGAUAGGAGAAGGAUUAUUGAUAAGGUCAGUUGGUAUAAAAUCUGCAUUUUGA